AUGGCUGAUAACACCAUCAACGGUGCUGCACCAGCUUCGAACGUCGCGAAUGCGCCUGUCUCGGACUCUAGCCUCCCGCCUGUGGCAAAGGCCCCCGCGAGCACCGUCGAUGCUUCCAUGAUGCCAUCGGUGCCGCCCGACGCUGGCGCUUCGACCGAGCCGAUUGCGCCCGGCGCACAACCCCCAGCACAGGCCGAGGCUCCCGCAACCGAUGCGCCGAAGGAUGACUUGGCCAAGAAGAUGGAUGCAGCAGAUACCUUGGCUUUACAACCUGAGCAGCCAACCGAGCCGGUGCUUACACCAACGUCGCUGCCUCCGCCUGUUGAGGCUACAGAAGCCGUUGCGCCAGCCCCACCCACCACGGGUGCUGAUGAACUACCGAAACCGGUUUCGGUCGAAGAAGUUCGCGACCAGGACCUGCCAGAUGCGAAGCCACCGCCGCCUGCUGAAAUGGCAGGGGCUUUGCAGAAUGAGGCGCCUGAGAAGCCUGAGAAGCCUACCGAGGACGCGGCAAUGGCCGAGUCUGCGCCAACUGUCACCACUGGGCCCGAGAAGACGGAAGUGCCGGAGGUAGACAGCGCCGCCGUCGCGAAAGAGCCCGAGGAGGCCGACGCCAAAACCGGCGACAAGCGGAAGGCCAAAGGCGCUAAGCCUUCCAAGGGGAAUGACACCGUUGACGAAGCCAAAGACACCGCGCCCGUCGAAAAGAAACAGAAGACUAACGGCGCUCCUGCCGACGGCGGGGCUUUGAAACCCGGGCGACCAAAGAAGGACAAGUCAGCGCCCAAGCCCGCGCCACCCAUGGGCAGAACAGCCCGGAAAACUCGAAGUCAAACUAAGGAAUCAUGA